AUGGCACUCCCUACCACCAGACGGAUAGUGACAGGGCAUGACCACAAUGGAAAGGCCAUCUUUGAUAGCGACCAGGUCUUGACACCAGCAAACCCCCUUGACCCGGAAGGCAACCCACCAACAGGAAUCAUCCCAGGAUUCACCAAUCUCUUCAGAACGGAUGGAGUUCCUGCAAAAGCGCAAGGCCCCUGGACAGAUGUACAUGGGAAAAAGAUCGGUCUAGUAAGUCCGGCAGGGGUCUACAGCCGCAUCGUAGACUUCCCCCCCACGAGAGAUGCGGAAGAUAGUGUCAACAUCAUGCACCGAACUCAAAGUGUCGAUUUCGGAGUGGUCUUAAAGGGAACUAUUAAGCUCAUCCUCGAUGAUGGCGUGGAGAAGACGAUGAGCGAAGGUGAUGUUGUUGCAUGGAAGAAUGUCAGCAAGGAGAAUGCACGUAUCCUCUUUGUCCUCGUCCCGUCCGAACCAGUUGUCAAUGAAUCGACGGGUGAGGCUCUAGAGCCCACGCCAACCCACCUACUGGAGGAGAAGGAAGAGUAG